UGUAGUGACAACCAGUGCCCUAGUUUCUCUCAGUCUGAGUCUGGCAGUUACAAGCUAAGACAUGUUUUCCCGUCUUCGCAAGCGUUUUGGGAGGGGGAACGUCGAUUCUGGAGAGACUAGAGUGAAGGAGUCUGGCCUUUCGUCUCAAAGUAAUGAUGGACAAAGACAGCACUUCUGGGGAAUGUGGAACGCUGGGAGAGAAACAUCAUACCCUGGCACUGAACUAAGCAAGAAUCAGGCCAUGAAGGAAAAGGAGAGGCUGAUUAAAGAGCUGCAGCUCAUUACCGAGGAGAGAAAUGACCUGAGAGAUCGCCUGAGGUUUCUGACAGAGAGAUCCAUGAAGAACAGGCCACACAUCAGGCCAAAUCCAUAUUAUGAAGACCUGGAGAGAAUGGAGGAGGCGGUCAUGUCAAUUCUGCACAACUUAGAGAUGGAGAACACUGAGUUCCAUGAGAACAACCAUAAGCUGAAGAAGGAGAUUACCUUCUCUAGAAACCUGCUCAGCCAGCUCCUGAUGGAGAACACAUGUAGGAAGAAGUUGGUCCCACUGAAGCAGGAGAGCAAGGAGGGACAUCUUGAUUGUGCACUGAACCAGAAAUAUUUGGUUGACUUCAACAAGAAAGAUAAAGACCAUCAACGGCCAGAACCAGCAUUAUCAGGUCUCAGAAAGUGCAAGAGAGCUGGAAUUGGACACACACCAGUAAGAGAGCUUCCUGAAGAAUAAGUUGCUUUCUCAGGAGUCCCUGAUGACCAACAUCCUGAAUGAAAACAGCACUUGAGAGACAACUUGGGGGACCGCCUUUCAUUAUGUGUGCUAGAGGAGAAACAGCAAUACGUCUGUGCUUCUAAAUGUUCGUUAAGAAUAUGCUUUUAGAAAUAUUUUUGUUAUGAUUUUAAUUGAAGUUUUCUUUUUGUUGUUUCAUAUUUAUAUGUUCUUGUUACUAUUUUUACUUUCAAAUAUUUUUAAAUAUUUUUAUUCCUGUUAAUCUUGUUGUGUUGUAAAAAUGUAUUUGUUAUGAAUAAAAAUUGAAUUCUA